AUGCUGAUGUAUACACACGUGAAGGAGAGCGGGACUUAUAUCGACUCGCCAAAGCAAGACAUCGGAAUUGUUCAUUGGUUCUACAGAGUCAAUGACGAGGCCGGUAAUCUGCUAGUUGACUGGAAGAAGAUCAGAGAAAGAUGGGGCAGCCACUUCAAGAAGAUCUCAACAGAAGAGUUAUCCCAUCCACCAAUACUCAUCGGCCACGCUGUUGAAUGGCCCGUAACCGAAGUUGCAGUCGAAGAGGUCAAGACUGAUUUGAGGAAAACGAAGCCUGGGAAAGCCACCGGCACAGAUGAUCUUCCAGCACAGUUAUGGUGUUCCCAUCAUUGGAAGGCAGCUGAAUGGUUAACGGAACUCUUCAACAAGAUCACUGACGAGGGACAAACACCAACUGAUUGGCAGCAGAGCGUCACAGUGCCUACGUUUAAGAAAAAGGAAAAUCGCGCUGAGUGCACCAACUACCAUCCAAUUCAAAUUCUCUGCCACGUCAUGAAAAUCUUUGAGCGUUUUCUGGACCAAAGGAUCCAUGAGAUCACACAGAUUUCCAGAAACCAAGCUGGAUUGGUGAAGAACUGCGGCACAGUUGAUGCGAUUCAUGCUGCAAAACUCUGCAUCUUGAGAAAGCCAAGCCACUGCAUCUAG